AUGCCUGGCAUCUUGCCCCGCACUCGUCGACCCAAACGUGCCAAGAAACAACCAAAACUCACGAAGGAUCAACGUGUACACCCUGCUUCAACAGACAUACCCCCACAAAGCGGCCAAGCCCCUUUCAAACAAACCCGCCACAAACCUCUCCCACCCAUCCCUCCCGAAACCAAAUUUACCUCUCAAACAGCCGAAGGCUGGCAUGCGUUCAAAUGGGAGCUCGAACGGCAUGAUGUAUACCUCACAAACAUCAUCGAGCAGAUGCACAAGGCCCCCGAUAAAACCAGCAAUGAGUAUAAGGCGAGGGUAGACGGGGUGAGAAAGUUGAGGAGGGACGUGUUUGAGCUGGGAGAGAGCGGAAGACAUGCUCUUGUGGGGUCAAGGGCCAUCAUAGGACUGGCCGAAAGAACUUUGAUGGUGGUGAGGAACAUGUAUCAGCGAACGGUCAAAAUGACUCCCAACAUGGAUGGCACUCCCAUUUCUCCUCCUGUUCUGAAACUCAUAACAGACCUUUCCAACGAGUGCAAAAAGACCUCUUUGCCUGUCAAGAUCAGCAACACCAUGACUCUGCGGCGGAACAUGGAGCAGCGGUAUCUCGAUACCAUCGAGAAACGUAUAUUGGAUAUGAAUACGAUACUGGCAUAUAUAGUCCAUAAGCUGAAGCUCAGAGACAAGAUGAUAUAUCAAUCUGACCAGUGGCCGGUAGAGGCGGUAAUCACCUGGCGAGAAGAGAUACAUGAGGCUAAAAUGAGUCAGAGGGUCCCAAAAGCUCAACAAAACCCUCGUCGCGAGCAAUGUCUCGUUCAGUAA